AGUGUGACCUAAAUUAAAACACAGUCGCAAUUUCAACAAUGCAAGUGAGACUAUCAAAACAGGACUUGUUAAAGAAAAUAACAGAAGAACAUGAGUUUGACGACUUUGUGGUCACGGAAAGGGACGGCGAUGGGUCCAGCAUUAUGUCUUCUCUCUCCUACGUGACAUUUCGUGCAAAAGGGAAGACCGAAAUGAAGCUUUUCGCAAAAACUGCCGCGUGGAUCGAAAAAUUACGACUGAAUAGCCCAAUCAUUCCUUGUCCAUUUACUAUCGAACUGUAUUUCUACAGGACAUUAUGGAAGCAAUAUGAGAAGCUAGAAGAUAUGUGGAACGUUCCAAUGGAGCAUAGAUUCCGUAAGCCAACGCUUUAUGGCAGCAGCGUCGAAUAUUUGAACGAAACUCUGGUAAUACAAGACUUGAUUGCACAAGGUUACGAGGAAUAUGAAAGACAAACACCUGCGGAUUUCGAAUACAUGUCUGCGGGUAUUGCAUUGAUGGCGCAGUUUCAUGCUCUUUCGCUAGCCUACUCCCAUUACGAUCCAGAGGGUUUUAAACAAGCCAACGAAUAUUUAACGUUGGACGAAUCUAAACUAGUUAUCUGGAUUGGAAGCAUGUCGACUAAACUGCUGGCCAAUGCGUUCUCCUCGGCAGAAAAACAUAGAUACAAACUUAAAAAGUACUUUAAAACACCGAAGAGACUUCUUCAACUUAUCAUGGAUUGCUACCGAAGAGGUAACGACAAAGUAUUGAUUCACGGGGAUUUCAAGCCAAGCAACAUAAUGCAUAGACGUAGAAAUGGGAAAUUAGAAUUAUGCGUCGUUGACUUUCAGAAUGUUCACGAUGCAGAUGCUGUGGCUGAUCUUAUGUACUUCAUUUUUACUGCUACGGACGAAUCAUUCCGCCGUGUCCACUACCAUGAAUUACUGGAUCUUUACUAUGAGAAGCUGAAGGCAUCCUUGCUUAGACUACGCGUCGACCCAGAGCAGGUAUACCCGGAGAGUAAGUACAAAUCGCGGCUGGAAAAAUGUGCAAUGUUAGGGUUAACUAUAGGUGUGGCGUGUUUGCCUGUGGUGUUGGUGGAUAAAGAGAAUGCCCCGGCUUUUGAUAAGGACCCAGAUGCAACCGCGGUUGCGGUGGAGGGUAGCGCGCUUUUUAAAGAGCGUUUUAAUGGUAUACUUAAUAACUACGUGGAGUGGGGACUGCUGUGAAACGCCGACUU